AUGGAUUAUUUGCGGCAGUGGCAGAAGCGGUGGGAGGAUUUGCCGCAGCCGCGAAAAAUCAAAGCCCUGCGGCUGGUUGUGUUUGGGUGUUAUUUCCUCGCACUUUUAUUUUUUGUUAUUUAUGCCUUUGGGGGAAUUAGAAAGCAGGUGAGGGACCCUGCGAGAGCGGUGUUGUUUAUGGAACCCACGCCAGGUGCUCUCAUGGCACUGCGACAUCUUGCGAAGCGUUCGGAUGUGUCGAUUGCGAUGAUUGUGCUAACAGUAAACGCAUGGAAUUUUAACCUCAACGCCGCGUAUGACAACACGGUUGCGUUCCUCGCCAUGCUUAAGGAGGAAUCCUCCUUAAAGUAUCAUAUCCCCGUGUAUUAUGGAAGCAGUGUGGCGGAGGUGAAUGCUGGGUAUGAUGAUGAAAUUGAUUUUUCCAUGGGCGGCGGUAAAGCGUCAAAUACGACCGCUUGCACAUACCGUCGUGUGAUUAUGCCUAGCCUGAUGUUGGAGGCGGAUUCCUUGUUCGGUGCAUCCGAGUUGCUGGACAGUGUGCCUCUGUCCACUCCAACCAGUAGUCAUGGUAAGAGUGUUGGCAUUAGCGGACAAUACGAAUUCUUUGAUGUUGCGCUGUCGAAUUAUUUGUCGAGUCAAACGGCGGCGUUUUUGGUGCUUGGACCAUUGACAGACGCAGCGGAGUUUCUGCAGCGGCAUUCUGAUCUUCGAGCCAAAGUGAAUCGUAUUUUUUUUGCUGGUGGUGCGAUAAAGGCGGACGGCAACACGCGUCUGGUGUAUCCACCCAAUCAGCGCUCUGAACAACACGCCUUUUUUGACCCGCUUGCGGCAAAUUAUAUUGUGGGCGGUGCGCACGGACGACCAAUGGAGCUGUUGCCAUUAGACGCUCUUCCACAGUGGCCACAGGCAUUGUAUGACUCUCUUAUCGGUUCCCGUGCUUACCCGUCCUCAUCGUCCUCACUGGUGCCCACUUCUGCACAGGUAGUGGCACGCGCUUUCACUGGCUACAGCAAACGGCUUGGAAUGGGGAAGCUGAUGCCCGUUGAGAUUUUGGCGGCAUCGUACUUUGCCGAUGUGGUGAUACAAAGCGGAGCGAUAGUUGCCGACAUGGCAUUGCUAGUUGCGAAUGGCUUUUCGAUGUCUGUGGAUGGCCUCAUUGGCGCGCCCAGAAGCGGGCAGUCACAGGAACAUAGUUUCAAAGUAAGGGUUGUUUUGCGUAUUAAGGAAGAGACGUUUUGGUCUCGUUUAGAGGCUGUGGACAGGCUGAGUAUUUAG